GAGAAGAGCCGCCAAAAACAGAGGGAGGGCGAGGUAUCGUCCCAAAUCCCAAUGGACGUUUACUAGUUCGUGCAACAUGGACGUUCGUGCAAUGGGCAAUCGCUACCUUGCCCAACUCAGCCACCCCUCCGUCGCACGUGCCGUCCACGCCCACAUCAUCACCUCUGGCUUCCACCCAUUCCCUCUCCUCCUCAACCGCCUCAUCGACCACUACUGCAAAUCCUCCAACCUCCCCUACGCCCGCCACCUGUUCGACAAAAUCCCCAAACCAGACAUCGUCGCCACCACCUCCCUCCUCUCCGCCUACUCCGCCUCCGGCAACAUCCAACUCGCCCACCGCCUCUUCACCGCCGCACCCUUCACCAUUCGCGACACCGUCAGCUACAACGCCAUGAUCACCGCCUUCUCCCACAGCCACGACGGCCACGCCGCUCUAAAACUCUUUACCCAGAUGAAAAGGCACGGUUUUGUCCCCGACCCUUUUACCUUCUCCAGCGUCCUCGGCGCCUUGUCUUUGAUAGCUGAAGAGGAGAGGCAUUGCCAGCAAUUGCACUGUGAGGUUCUCAAGUGGGGUGCACUGGCUGUGCCUUCUGUUUUGAAUGCUCUCAUGAGUUCUUAUGUUUGCUGCGCCUCUUCGCCGUUGGUGGACUCUUCUCUGUUGAUGGCUGCUGCUAGGAAGCUCUUCGACGAGGCGCCGGCUAGUAGGGAUGAGCCUUCUUGGACUACCAUCAUUGCUGGCUAUGUCAGGAAUGGUGAUCUUGCGGCGGCGCGUGAGCUUCUUGAUGGAAUGACUGACCACAUUGCCGUUGCUUGGAAUGCCAUGAUUUCCGGCUAUGUGCACCGCGGUUUUUAUGAGGCGGCGUUUGACUUGUCCCGGAGGAUGCAUUCCUUGGGAAUUCAGCAGGAUGAGUAUACUUACACGAGUGUGAUUAGUGCUGCUUCGAAUGCUGGCUUGUUUAAUGUUGGAAGGCAAGUGCAUGCUUAUGUUCUCAGGACAGUGGUGCAGCCUUCACGGCAUUUUGUUGUAUCUGUGAAUAAUGUCUUGAUUACUUUCUACACUAGAUUUGGUAAACUGGUUGAGGCGAGACGAGUUUUCGAUAGGAUGCCUGUGAAGGAUCUUGUUUCGUGGAAUGCGAUUUUGUCUGGAUAUGUGAAUGCGCGGCGCAUUGAGGAAGCUAACUCCAUUUUCAGAGAGAUGCCCGAGAGGAGCCUGCUGACGUGGACUGUGAUGAUAUCGGGCUUAGCGCAGAGUGGUUUUGGAGAAGAAGGUUUGAAGCUGUUCAACCAGAUGAAGUUAGAGAGAUUAGAACCGUGUGAUUAUGCAUAUGCUGGAGCAGUUACCUCUUGUGCUGUUCUUGGAUCGUUAGACAAUGGACAACAACUACAUUCUCAGAUUAUUCAAUUGGGUCAUGAUUCAAGCCUAUCGGUUGGCAAUGCACUGAUUACAAUGUAUGCGAGGUGUGGUCUUGUUGAAGCUGCCGAUACAGUGUUUCUUACAAUGCCAUAUGUGGAUUCAGUAUCCUGGAAUGCAAUGAUUGCAGCUCUUGCUCAGCAUGGACAUGGUAUCCAAGCCAUUCAACUUUAUGAAAAGAUGUUGAAGGAAGAUAUUUUACCGGAUAGGAUAACUUUUCUCACAAUUCUUUCUGCUUGUAGCCACGCAGGUUUGGUCAAAGAGGGACGGCAUUAUUUUGAAACAAUGAAAAGUCGUUAUGGUAUAACCCCAGAAGAGGAUCAUUAUGCUCGUUUGAUUGAUUUGUUAUGUCGUGCUGGUUUGUUCUUAGAAGCAAAGAAUGUCACUGAAUCAAUGUCUUUUGAGCCUGGAGCACCAAUUUGGGAGGCUCUUCUUGCUGGUUGCCGGAUUCAUGGAAACAUGGAAUUAGGUACACAAGCUGCAGAACGACUCUUGAAGCUUAUUCCGCAGCAAGAUGGAACCUACAUAACCCUUUCAAAUAUGUAUGCCACUUUAGGUCAGUGGGAUGAAGUUGCGAGGGUAAGGCAAUUAAUGAGGGAGCGAGGGGUUAAGAAGGAACCUGGUUGUAGUUGGGUUGAGGUUGAAAACAUGGUCCAUGUCUUUUUGGUUGAUGAUGCUGUGCACCCUGAGGUGCAUGCAGUGUACAAAUAUCUGGAGCAACUGGUACAACAAAUGAGAAAAUUGGGUUAUGUUCCUGAUACAAAGUAUGUAUUACAUGACAUGGAAUCUGAACAAAAGGAAUAUGCUUUGUCUACUCAUAGCGAAAAGCUUGCUGUUGUUUAUGGAAUUAUGAAACUUCCUUUAGGAGCUACAAUUCGGGUUUUCAAAAACUUGAGGAUAUGUGGGGACUGUCAUAAUGCAUUCAAGUUUAUUUCCAAAGUAGUGGAGCGAGAGAUAGUUGUGAGAGAUAGGAAGAGGUUUCACCAUUUUAGAAAUGGUGAAUGUUCUUGCGGCAAUUACUGGUAGGAAGAGGUUCUGUAAUUUGAUUAUCAUCAAGUGUUGACUAUUGAGCUUUAGCAGCUGCAUCAGGCGCUGCAAUUCAAUACAGGCUCACAUGGUUCCUAGCUGUGGUGUUGCAUGCCAACCCGGUGGCCAUCGCUUUGGCAAAGUGAAAAGGGGCAAAUGAGGUAGUGCUCAGUUUAAAUGCCCAGGCAGCAGAACAGUGACGCCGAAGCUAAUUUGAAAUGAAAAGAAACAAAAUUAUGUGCCCUGUUAUUGGCUUCUGGUCAGUGCUCGUCAUUCUGCAAGAGAGCUCGAAGCAGAACACAAUUGACGUCUGAACAAGAAGCAGAGAAGCUCUAGUUAAGCUCUCUUACGCAUAAUGCAUGGCUGCUUCUAAUAAAAAGCGAGAUUGGUGAUCAUUGAAAUCAUCUCACCAACAUUUGGCGUGUUCAAUAUAUAGAACAAUCUGAGGGUGCCCAAUCAAAAUAAUGAAAAAUUAUGUUAUUUGAACAUUUUACAAUUACAGAUAAAUGAAAUAAUGUUUUUCUUUGGAAGUUACGAAUAAAAAGAAAUAAAAGAGUGACUCGGUGCUACUAGUGUCUCGACUCAUUAUCCUAUAUUCAUCUCUCUAUGACACGUGAAAUUCAUAAUGAACAAAUCUAUUGUCGAAGGUCAAUGAAUUUCUCCAGGAACUUUGUUUUCCCCAAAGUUUAAUGAACGAAUCGAUUAUGGAAACAACAAAGAAUAUUCCGCAUGGGAAAUUAACCAUGAAGUAUCGGUACGAUCUCAA